GGAACUUAGAGCGAUAGAGGUUCUGAAACGUAUAAUUUUAUUGAGCCUUACUUCCGCAAACUAAUUUUUGGGGCUAGCAAAUUGCUUUUGAUACACAAAUAUUUGGAAGAUUUACUGAUGAUGAAGUUCAAAUCUUGAAGGUCCUAUACAACUACAGGAAAGCCUUGGUAUUUUGGACCAGUGUGUAGCAGUUUUAUACAAGUGGUAUUUUACCUAACGAUGGCGCUGAGCAUAGAAAAACUGUUAGGGGAUGCCCAGAUCUUGGUGGCUAGGCUCCGAGAUCACGACUCGUCAGCUGAUAUUCUGAUAGCUCACACACAGACACUGCACAAACGAAUGGAUGCCAUGAAACAGUAUCAAGAUGAUAUUAAUGAACUAAAUGAGAUUGCUAAACACCGUCCACGGUCUACCCUGGUGUUAGGUAUAGCCCAAGAGAAUCGUCAAAUACGAGAAUUACAACAGGAGAAUCGAGAGCUCCGUCUAAUUCUAGAGGAAUAUCAACAGGCCCUGGCACUGAUCAUGCAAAAGUAUCGGGAACAGGUGAUGAAACUGAUUCAGAGUAACAAACAGGAGAAGACAAUCGCGCACAGAAAGGACCAGCCACAGAAUUUAGAAAAAUUAAUUGAUAAAAUCAGUGAAAUGGCAGCUGUGAUGCAGAAGGCGGUUACUAUUGACAACGAACACUCAGCAAAAGACCAGGAAAAGUUGGUUCAACUUCAGUACGAAAACAAUGGUCUCCGAGAAAUGCUGGAGGUUUGCACCACAGCCAAACAAAAAAUUAUGGAGAGUGUUUCCAUAGAAACUGACAGUAAGUGCAUCCAAACCGAGGACUUGUCAAAAAUGUCUGAUUCGGAUGACAAUGUAUCCCUGGACUCGGUUAGUACGGUGGUGGAACAGGGCGACAUUGACCAGGAGACUUAGAUGUGUGAGGUUUGAGUGGAUGCAAAGUCAUCAAUGUUCUUGAGCUGCAUUGUUGCAUAUUGUAUUUGUAUUUAGAAUUCAUGUGUAUUAGGAACAUUAACUUUUUUCACAGGGCUGUGUACUGUUACGAUAGAUCUUUUCACGUUAUUAUAUUUGGUGUUUAUUGAAUUUGUUUAUAAGUGUCCAUUGAAAUAAACCUGAGAAGCUAGUGAA